CAGUCCCUAAAAUAAGGAGUCUCUAAUCUAACCCACCCCUAUACACACUAUAUAAUAUAUACGAGUAUAUGACAACCACAUGUUUCCCAUCCCUCUUUAUAUAUUAUUACUUUAUCAGUGAAUUAAGUUUCAGGAGAAUAUUUUUAUACUGCUAUUUAGAAGAUGAUUCUCGAAAUUUGUCAAAGAAGGUGUACUACAGAAAAUGUUUAGACUUAAGAGGCCAUGUAUGAAAGCAAUGAUGAAUACGUCUGCUCACGGGAACAAAAGUGCACAUCAGUUGUUUGACAAAUUGUCACAGAGGAAGUUAAGUCCUUUGUGAAGUUGACGUUGGAACAGAGUUUCCUGGGGAGCAUAUUGGAAGAUCCAUUCCUUUUGAGCAAACCGUCUCUCUUCCUGAAAAUUGAGGGUUCUGUCGAUUGGUGGUCAGCUAACACUUGUUAAAUCGGUAUUAGCUCAGCAACUUGAAUUAUGUUCCACUGCAAAUCUUUCCACUACAUGGACCAUCAAUCAAUCUAUUAUCAGUUAGAUAUAUGCAGAAGGAAGAAUCAAAGUCAUCCUCAUAGAUGGUGCAACUCAAUUUGCACUUGGCUUCUUCUGUCAAGGAAAUACGUGUGCCUCUGAUUAUCUCUUUGGCAUCUUCAUUCUUAAUGGAAAACUUCCUUCCGUAGUUUGGUCAGCCAACCGAGAUUUUCUGGUCCAGUAUGAUGCAAAAUUGAAUUUCGCUGCCACUGGAGAAUUAGUCCUACGUGAUGCAGAUGGAAGAAUGGUUUGGACCACCAACACUGCAGGGUCAUCUGUUGUUGGCACGAACUUGACUGAUUCUGGAAACCUGGUUUUGUAUGAUUCCAAUAGCCAGGUGGUUUGGCAAUCUUUUGAUCACCCGACCGAUUGUUUGUUACCCGGACAACCCUUGUUUCAAGGUCAAAAGUUGAUACCUAGUGUUUCGUCAACGAAUUGGACAGCUCAGAAAGGUAUGUACGCUCUUCAAGUCACCGAUAAAGGUUUGUUUGCUUAUCUUGAUUCAAACCCACCUCAGGCCUAUUUCAGUUACAUGGUUUCUAGAAAAAAUGAAACUAAAGGGAAAAGUUAUGCUAGGUGGUUGAAUGGGAGUCUGGAUUUAUUAAUUAAUUCUGUGGAGCCAAGUAAUCCUGAUUACAAUAUUUCUAUAAGCCUGGCAUCAUCAGCACAGUAUAUGCAACUGAUGCCAGAUGGGCACUUGAAAGUGUUUGAAUUUCAAGUAAAUGGGUGGACAGAGGCUGGUGAUCUACUUACAGACAGUGAUUUUGGAGAGUGUGAUUAUCCUUUGGUUUGUGGGAGAAAUUCCAUUUGCUCGAAUAAGCAACAAUGUAGCUGUCCGGCAUCAAGCUCCCCCAGGAUAGACUAUUUCAGAGCAGUAAAUUAUGAAGAAAGUCACCUUGGUUGCUCUGAAAUUACACCUCUCACUUGUAAUGCUAUCCAAGAUCAAGUUUUUAUUGCACUCGAGAAUGUCAAGAACUUCACCUCUACUGCUGACAUGGAGAAAGUGGACAUGGAGACCUGCAAACGUGCAUGUCUCAACAAUUGCUCGUGUAAAGCCGCUUUGUUUCAGUAUGAUUCCAACAUGUUAAGUGGUGAAUGUUAUUUACCUUCUGAACUGUUUACAAUGGCCGCUCUUCGGAAUAAUAGUCCAGAUCGAUAUGUGAAAGCUAAAGCUUUUAUAAAAGUCCAGCAGGCAAGAACCCAAAAGAAGAAAACUUGA